AAUUUCUUGAACUGACUAUACAACCACAUUGGUUGUUACAGAGCUCGUGCCGUAUUCGGAAUUUGGUUAUAACUAAUAUUUAUAAUCAUUUAAAUAUUCCGAACAUUCAAUAAUCUUAGCAAAAUAGAGCUAUAAAUUGUUAGGUAUGUUGCACUUGUUGAGGAUAUCGUUGUGCACAGCUGGAUCCCAACUUCGGGCACCGAUUGUUAGAUUACGGAAUAUUCACGUUAGUUCAAUUACUGAAGCGGGCCAUUCCAAAUGGCAAAAUAUACGACAUAUCAAAGCCCUUAACGAUGGUCGAAAGUCGGUUUUGUUCAUUAAACUCGCACGCCAGAUUCGUUUAGCUAUCCAGGCCGGAGGUCCCAAUCCGGCAGUAAAUUCAACCUUACGUGCCGCAAUUGAUGAAGCCUUGAAGAAAAACAUGCCCAAUUCGACGGUUCAAGGAAUUUUGAAAAAAUCUGCACAAAACGCUUCCCAGCUUAAAAAAUAUACUUUAGAAAUCAAAGUACUGGAUCAAAUAAAUAUGAUCUGUGUUCUAUACACAGAUCGGUUUACGCAAACAAAAAUGGAAAUGGCCACCAUCCUCAAAAAGAAUUGUUCUACAUUCUCAGAUGUUAAGCACCAUUUCGAUGAAAGGGGAUACCUCGAGGCCAUUCCGCCUGCUAAUAUUUCUAGUGAUAAUCUAUUGUCAUGUUGCACGGACCAUGCAAUUGAUGCAGGCGCCGAAGAUGUUGAAAUUAUGAGUGAUGAAAGCAGGCUAGUGCGGUUUCUCUGUGAUCCACUUGAUAUUGAAAAAGUGAAAACUCAGCUCGGAAAGCUAGGAUACUCCAUCGAGCACAGCGAGCAUGCGUUUUUUCCAAAAAGUACCACAAAACUAAAUCCAGACGCUACGGUGGUUUAUGAAAAACUACGAGAAAAGCUGAAAACAGUGGAUGGUGUCGAAGACAUCUACGAUAGUUUCGAAAUGGUUUAUUAAUGGUGAAGUAAAACCGAUGGAUUAAGUAAAAUUUAUGUAACUUUUAUUGGUUAUAAGACAAUAAUCGAACAAAACAGCAGUUUUAUCAGAGAAAGAAAAUUAUUAAAAAAAUGGGCUCAAGUGUUUGAAGGCAGACUAAUUUUUGUGACU